GAUCGAAGAAGAAUGGAUUCCUGAGGCUUUAAGGCGGAAAGUCGACGUCACCAGGUUUCAACGGAUGCUCUGCCUGAAUGUUUGGUUCAACUCCAACAUCCUGCUGCCGGCAUUCGUCAGUAACAAAUAUGUAUAAAUUCACUCAGGUAUAGGUCUGAUUGAAAGUUUACGAUCUUUGCCAUGGGCCUGCUUUCGGGGGUGUCCAGGGUGACUUUCCUUGCCGUUUCGCACGGACAGUAUUUCCAAUCUUGCGGAACUUGUUAUGACAGAUACAUCGAGGUAGCUAUCAACACCUAGGCAAACGCAUUCCAUACACCAUUGCCGCCAGGAACUUAUCGUGAUCACCACUGUCGCGUCUCAAGAUGAGUCGAGCAAACUUACCCGACGAACAAGGCGACCUAGCUCGAGUCCGUAGCUCGUACGCUCGAGAGAACGCACGAGUAAUGGAUCGGGCUCCUACAGUAGAAGCGCGGUUCUUCUAUACCUCCCCCCUCGCCAUCGACGACCCUCUCUCCCCUCUUCCCCCCCAGAUGAUCGGUCCCGCAGCAGCAGCGAAGCAGCCGCCUCGCCCUUUUUCCAUAUACGACAACCAUAUGCUGGAGAAAACCUGGCUAGACCUCCGGCAGAAGGUGCUGAAAUAUCAGGAGAAUCUGCAGAGCGAGAAGAGCAGGUCGAAGGAUAUGGAGGAAGGGGAGUCGAGGGCGGGGUCACGGAGUGGGAGGGCGAUGGGCCAGGUCGGGGAUGUGCAGCGGAAGAGGUGGUCGUGGGAAGAGUCAAGAGGUGUUUCGGGCGUGGACCCGGAUAGAAAUCGGUCAGGGAGACGCAGUACAGUUACCGAAGCGUUGGAUAGAGACGGACGAGAGCGGGAAACCGGAAACGGCGAGGAAUACUCCCAGAGCCUUCCGGUUCGCCAGACACCGACAUCAGGUUUGGCCGCAGCAUCCGGUAACACCCUCACGACCGGCAAUCCGUUCAUCCGAGCUCCUUCGAGGACGAAGAUCAAUCAGAUGUCGGAAUCAAGUGACGGUCCGAAACCAGGAAAACCAGCGCUGACGAUGAUGGAUAGCUACGAUUGGAGCGACGAUCCACCUCGAGACAUGCUGAUGAAUCGCAGGGCAGGAACCUCGCCAUCAUCUCAAAAGCCCACCUCAUCCAGUCCGACUGCGACGGUCCCGGUCGGGGUAUCUCGACUGCAUAGCGUGAUAAUGCCUCGGCUGCAGAUGGAGCCGAUAUACUGGUCUCCAGUACAGGACAUUGCCGCAGUCAUCCGCGGGACCUGGUUCUACAGAGACACUAUGCUCCCCGUAGAGUCCGAAGUCGCGAACAUGCUGGAGCUGGGAUACCUGCAGAUGCAGCCGUGGACGGAGACCUGGAGGGACGAGUUGAACAGUGCGGUGGAAGUAGGUGCUCUUGGGGAAAUGAAGAUCCUCCACAGACUCUGGCCGGAAAAGAAGACCGUCCCUGAAAGUCGGCCGACGACUGCGCGAGGUGAGGUGGUGCAAGACGUUACUCCGCUGGAUCGGGAGGCGGUUGACCCCGAGAAAGAACGGACGGAAACUGCUGCGGGUGCUGGAGAGCUUAUCGAUAUCUCGAAUGGACCGGAUGGGCCAGACAACAAGGCCACUGGAACUAGCCCCUUCGGUAAAGAUGGCAGAGUACGGCACUAUGCCAGUGCCGGCAUUAUCUACGCAAACGAGAAGGACGCGUACAUUCUUCGUCCGAGUCUCCAGCCGUCGGAAUAUUAUGGGAGGCGACCGUACGCCAGCUACAUUCGCAAAGGACACAAGAUCGGAAUUCCCGUGCUUCGAGGCUUUAAUCAAGAAGUAUGGGAUAAGCUACAUCCUCCAAAGAAAUCUCCGGUAGCCGUACACGCUGCCGAAGGUGUCUCGACUGCACAAGGUCAUAAUGCCCCUCCGAUAUCCCAAAGGCAGUUGCUUGACCCGACUCUAGCAAGAGCUGAAAGACCCAAGGUUACGGACCUCAUUUUGGUCAUACAUGGGAUUGGGCAGAAGUUGUCGGAACGGAUGGAGAGUUUUCAUUUCACUCAUGCGAUGAACGCUUUCAGACGGGAGAUUAAUGUCGAGCUUGGCAUUGAUACUGUCAAGACAAACUUGCGGGAGGACAUGGGGGGGAUUAUGCUUUUACCUGUUAACUGGCGACUGGGCUUAUCCUUCGAAGACGGCGGAUACCGCGAUGAAAACGAAGAUCCGGCACUCAACCAAUUCACCCUGAAAGACAUCACUCCCGACUCCCUCCCCGCGGUCCGCGACAUCGUCUCCGACGUCAUGCUCGACAUUCCCUACUACAUGUCCCCCGAGCACAACCCCAAAAUGGUCCGCGUCUGCAUCGCCGAAGCCAACCGCAUCUACCGCCUCUGGUGCGCCAACAACCCCGGCUUCCAAUUCUACGGCCGCGUCCACCUCAUCGCCCACUCCCUCGGCAGCGUCAUGGCUACCGACAUCCUCUCCACCCAACCCACCCAUGUUCCCCCCUCCUACGGUGACCCGUCUACCCCCGUCUCCGACCUCCCCACCACCCACUUCCUCUUCAACACCACCUCCCUCUUCACCGCUGGAUCCCCCAUCGGCUUCUUCCUCCUCCUCAAACGUGGGACCCUCCUCCCCCGCGCCGACCGCCGCAAACCUGGCGCCGACCCCGCCGACGCCCUCGCGCCCGGCGUCGCCGGCCACGAGGGGCAGUACGGCUGCCUCGCCGUCGAUAACGUCUACAACAUCGUCAACCCCUACGACCCCGUCGCGUACAAGGUCAACGCCGCCGUCGACACCGCGUACGCUGCCUCGCUCAAACCCGCCUGGAUCCCCAGCUCUCGCGGUGGGCUCUUCUCCCGUGCGGCGAACUCCACCGUCCCACUCCCAACCAUGCCACACCCCGGCCAUAUGACACGCUUACCAUCAACCGUUGAGCUCGAAACGCAUAAUUUCACGCGGGAGGAGAUCGCGGAGAAGCGGGCGUACCUGCUCAACGACAACGGGCAGGUGGACUUUUUCCUGCGGUAUGGCGGCGGUGCGCUGGAGAUUAAGUAUCUGACGAUGCUGGGGGCGCAUAGCUCGUAUUGGUUGAGUCGGGACUUUACGCGGAUGGUGGUAGUGGAGGUGGGGAGGCGGGUGGGGCGGGAUGGGUGUAUUGCGGGGAUGAGGGCGGUGAAGAAGAGGGGAGGGAAGGAGUGAUUGAUGGAUGGGUCGGUCAAGCGUUCAAGUUAUUCUGGGGCGUU